ACUCGACCAUUCCGUCGCCCACCUUCGUUCGUUUACUCCUACUCGAACUUCCUUCCCCUCCAUAGUUCAUCCCCCAUCCUGUCAAGCUCUCGUCGGUGGUCGAACAGCACAUACUUUCUUCACCUGUUGCUGGCGAUUGCUCUUCUGUAAUAUCUGCUUUAAUACCCGCCUAUAAUUCGACCACUACGGGCCUCGCAUCCCCAUUUCGCGAGUGCCAUUGCGCUUCGCAGACAAGUCUCACCGAGGAGACCGUCUCCCCCGAGUGUCAUUGAGUUGACAGCUCGUCACGAAAGCCCACUACGACUUCCUCAAACCCGAACGAUCGAUAUCCUAUAGUACCGCCAUCAUGCGUCCCGAAGUGGAGCAGGAACUGUCUCACACCCUGCUCAUUGAGCUGCUGGCAUAUCAGUUCGCCUCGCCCGUGAGAUGGAUUGAGACCCAGGAUGUCUUCCUAGCCGAGAAGACCGCUGAGCGCGUGGUCGAAAUUGGUCCAGCUGACACCUUGGGUGUUAUGGCCAAGCGCACGCUAGCCUCAAAGUAUGAAGCCUACGAUGCCGCAAAGUCCGUUCAACGUCAAAUUUUGUGCUACAACAAGGAUGUCAAAGAGAUCUACUACGAUGUUGAUCCUAUCGAGGAAGAGCCAGAGCCAGCGGAAGGUGCCCCGGCUGACGCUCCUGCUGCUGCUGCCUCCUCAGCAGCUGCUUCGGCCGCCGCAGCUGCGCCUCCGCCCCCUGGCGCAGGGCCAGCAGAAAAGGUACCAGACGAGCCUGUUCAGGCCGUCGACAUUGUACGCGCUCUUAUUGCGCAGAAGCUCAAGAAGCCUCUUCUUGAGGUGCCUCUGAGCAAGGCCAUCAAGGAUCUCGUGGGCGGCAAGUCCACCCUCCAGAACGAGAUUCUGGGUGAUUUGGGCAAGGAAUUUGGUUCUACCCCCGAAAAGCCCGAGGACACGCCUCUGGACGAACUCGGUGCGUCCAUGCAAGCCACCUUCGACGGCAAUCUGGGCAAGCAAUCGCAAUCGCUCAUUGCGCGCCUGAUUUCCUCCAAGAUGCCUGGAGGGUUCAACAUCACAACCGCCCGCAAGUACUUGGAAACAAGAUGGGGCCUUGCUUCUGGACGUCAAGACGGUGUCCUGCUACUGGCAUUGACCGCGGAGCCUGCCGCUCGUCUAGGCUCGGAUGCUGACGCCAAGGCCUUCUUGGACGAUAUGGCCAACAAAUACGCCGCCAAUGCCGGCAUCAGUCUCACAACGGCAUCAUCAGGAGCUUCCGCGGGAGGCUCGGGUGGCGGCAUGAUGAUGGAUCCCGCCGCGAUCGAUGCUCUCACCAAGGAUCAAAGGGCUCUGUUCAAGCAGCAGCUUGAACUGUUUGCUCGCUAUCUCAAGAUCGACCUGCGUUCUGGAGACAAGGCGCACCUGGAGUCUCAAAAGUCGGAGAAGAUUCUUCAAGCCCAGCUUGACUUGUGGACCACUGAGCACGGUGAAUUCUACGCCUCAGGUAUUGAGCCCGUUUUCAGUCCUCUCAAGGCUCGUACAUACGAUUCAUCAUGGAAUUGGGCUCGCCAAGAUGCUCUGAGCAUGUACUACGACAUCAUCUUUGGCCGCCUCCAGGCCGUCGACCGCGAGAUCGUGAGCCAGUGCAUUCGCAUCAUGAACCGCUCCAACCCCAAGCUGUUGGACUUCAUGCAGUAUCAUAUCGACAACUGUCCCACUGAGCGCGGCGAGACUUACAAGCUUGCCAAGGAGCUCGGGCAGAUGCUGAUUGAGAACUGCAAGGAUGUUCUCAAUGUUUCUCCUGUGUAUAAAGAUGUUGCUGUCCCCACCGGCCCUCGCACGACUGUGGACGCGCGUGGCAACAUGAACUUUGAGGAGGCCCCCCGUGCGAGCUGCCGUAAGCUCGAGCAUUACGUUCAGCAGAUGGCUGAGGGUGGCAAGAUCUCCGAGUACGGCAACCGCACCAAGGUGCAGAACGACCUCCAGCGCAUCUAUAAGCUCAUCAAGCAGCAACACAAGAUGUCCAAAACCUCGCAAUUGGAGAUCAAAAGUCUGUACGGUGACGUUCUCCGCUCGCUCUCGAUGAAUGAGAGCCAGAUCCUCCAGGAGAAGAACGGCAAGAGCAGGAAGAUCAAGGGUGUCACCAACAACAAGGGCAAGGUCGAGACUAUCCCAUUCCUGCAUCUCAAGAAGAAGGGUCUUCACGGCUGGGACUACAGCAAGAGGCUUACUGCCUCAUACCUCAACUGCUUGGAGGAUGCCGCCAAAUCUGGCGUUUCCUACUCUGGCAAGCACGUCCUCAUGACUGGUGCCGGCGCUGGCUCCAUUGGUGCAGAGGUCCUCCAGGGCCUCGUCAGCGGUGGUGCCAAGGUUGUUGUCACCACUAGUCGCUUCUCCCGCGAAGUCACCGAGUACUACCAGUCCAUGUACUCGCGUUACGGCUCUCGCGGCUCGCAGAUCGUCGUUGUGCCCUUCAACCAAGGUAGCAAGCAGGAUGUUGAGGCCUUGGUUGAGUACAUCUACGAUUCCAAGACUGGUCUUGGAUGGGACCUUGACUUCAUCGUCCCCUUUGCUGCCAUUUCCGAGAACGGCCGCCAGAUUGACAGCAUUGACUCGCGCUCCGAGCUGGCGCAUCGCAUCAUGCUGACCAACUUGAUCCGCCUUCUCGGUGCCGUCAAGGCUCAGAAGACGGAGCGCGGCUUUGAGACUCGUCCUGCCCAGGUUGUCUUGCCACUGUCCCCCAACCACGGCACUUUCGGUAACGAUGGUCUGUACUCUGAGUCGAAGCUUGCUCUGGAGACGCUCUUCAACCGUUGGUACUCCGAGAGCUGGGCCAACUACCUCACCAUCUGCGGUGCUGUCAUUGGCUGGACCCGUGGUACCGGUCUUAUGUCUGGCAACAACAUUGUAGCGGAAGGUGUCGAGGCCUUUGGAGUCCGUACCUUUUCGCAACAGGAGAUGGCCUUCAACUUGCUCGGUCUCAUGUCGCCAGCUAUUGUUGACCUUUGCCAGGUUGAGCCAGUAUUUGCUGAUCUCAACGGUGGCCUGCAGUUCAUUCCCAACCUGAACGAGGCCAUGACCAAGCUCCGCAAGGAUAUCAUGGAGACAAGCGAGGUCCGCAAGGCUGUCACCAAGGAGAGCGCCAUCGAGAACACCAUUGUACACGGCGCCGAUUCCGAGAUGCUGUACAAGAAGAAGACCAUUGACCCCCGCGCCAACAUCAAGUUCGACUUCCCUCCUCUGCCUGACUGGAAGACCGAGGUCGCUCCUCACAACGAGACCCUGAAGGGUAUGGUUGACUUGGAAAAGGUUGUGGUUGUUACUGGUUUUGCUGAAGUUGGCCCUUGGGGUAACUCGCGCACCCGUUGGGAAAUGGAAGCCUAUGGCGAGUUCUCCCUCGAGGGUUGCGUCGAAAUGGCUUGGAUCAUGGGCCUCAUCAAGAACCACAAUGGUCCCAUCAAGGGUAAGCCUUAUGCUGGCUGGGUCGAUGCCAAGUCUGGCGAGCCAGUCGACGACAAGGAUAUCAAGCAGAAGUACGAGAAGUAUAUUCUCGAGCACUCUGGUAUCCGUCUGAUCGAGCCUGAGCUGUUCGAUGGUUACGACCCCAACAACAAGCAGCUACUGCAUGAGGUUGUUAUCGAGGAGGAUCUCGAGCCUUUUGAGGCUUCCAAGGAGACCGCCGACGAGUUCAGGCGCGAGCAUGGCGACAAGGUCGAGGUCUUUGAGAUCCCUGAGAGCGGCGAGUACACCAUCCGCCUCAAGAAGGGAGCUGCCCUUUGGAUCCCCAAGGCCCUUCGUUUCGACCGCCUGGUCGCCGGACAGAUCCCCACUGGCUGGGAUGCCAAGCGCUACGGUAUCCCCGAGGACAUCAUCUCCCAGGUGGACCCAGUCUCCCUGUUCCUCCUGGUCUCCACUGCUGAGGCCCUACUGUCCAGCGGUAUUACCGAUCCUUAUGAGUUCUACAAGUACGUCCACGUGUCGGAAGUCGGCAACUGUGUCGGUUCCGGUAUGGGUGGUGCUGCUGCACUACGUGGUAUGCACAAGGACCGCUUCCUGGACAAGCCUCUGCAGAACGAUAUUCUCCAGGAGUCCUUCAUCAACACCAUGGCUGCCUGGGUUAACAUGCUGCUGCUCUCCUCCUCGGGUCCCAUCAAGACCCCCGUCGGUGCCUGCGCCACUGCCGUUGAGUCCGUGGACAUUGGCUACGAGACCAUCAUGGAAGGCAAGGCCCGCGUCUGCCUGGUCGGCGGUUUCGAUGACUUUGGCGAGGAGGGUUCGUACGAGUUCGCCAACAUGAAGGCAACCAGCAACACAGUCGACGAGUUUGCGCAUGGCCGUACUCCCAAGGAGAUGUCGCGUCCCACCACCACUACCAGGAACGGUUUCAUGGAGUCGCAGGGCUGCGGUAUGCAGGUCAUCAUGACUGCCAAGCUUGCCUUGGACAUGGGUGUCCCCAUCCAUGGUAUCCUUGCCCUGACCACGACUGCCUCUGACAAGAUCGGUCGUUCAGUGCCCGCUCCCGGUCAAGGUGUGCUGACCACUGCCCGUGAGCACGCCGGCAAGUUCCCCUCGCCUCUGCUCGACAUCAACUACCGCCGCCGCCAAAUCGAGCGCCGCAAGAAGAACAUCAAGCAGUGGCAAGAGGACGAGCUUGAGUAUGUGUGGGAUGAGGUCCAGGCUAUGAAGGCCCAGGGCGCCGACUUUGAUGAGUCUGAGUACGCACAGGACCGCAUUGCCCACAUUGAGAAGGAGGCGGCCCGUCAAGAGAAGGAGUUGCUGCGCAGCAUGGGCAACAACUUCUGGAAGAGUGAUCCUAGCAUCGCGCCGUUGCGUGGUGCGCUUGCUACAUGGGGUCUGACAAUUGACGACCUCGAUGUCGCCUCCUUCCACGGUACCUCUACCAAGGCGAACGACAAGAACGAGUCAUCGGUUAUUUGCCAACAACUCCGUCAUCUUGGUCGCUCCAAGGGUAACGCAGUGAUGGGUAUCUUCCAGAAGUACCUGACUGGUCACCCCAAGGGUGCUGCUGGCGCCUGGAUGAUGAACGGCUGCCUGCAAGUGCUCAACUCUGGUAUUGUACCAGGCAACCGCAAUGCCGACAACGUCGACCCCAUCAUGGAGGACUUUGACCUUAUCGUCUACCCGAGCCGCACCCUCCAGACCGACGGCAUCAAGGCCUUCUCCGUCACCUCUUUCGGUUUCGGUCAGAAGGGCGCGCAGGCCAUCGGCAUCCACCCCAAGUACCUCUUUGCCACGCUUGACGAGGCAACGUACAGCUCGUACUGCGCCAAGGUUGAUGCUCGUCAGAAGAAGGCUUAUCGCUACUUCCACAACGGCUUGAUCAACAACACGCUCUUCGUUGCCAAGGCCAACUCGCCUUAUAAUGAUCAGCAGCUCAGCAGCGUCUUGCUUAACCCCGAUGCCAGGGUAUCCAAGGAUGCCAAGUCAUCUGAGCUUACAUUCGCCUCCAACUUCAUGAAGCAGUCCGAGAAGCAGGUCACGUCGGCUCGUGCGAGCGAGACCCAGCAGGUCAUGGAGGCACUAGCACAGAAGGUUACCAACAAGAACAGCCAGGUUGGUGUUGAUGUCGAGGACAUCUCCUCGAUCAACAUCGACAACGAGACGUUUGUGGAGCGCAACUUCACUGCCAACGAGAUUGCCUACUGCCAGAAGGCGCCCAGCCCCCAGAGCUCGUUUGCUGGCAGGUGGAGUGCCAAGGAGGCUGUGUUCAAGUCUCUGGGUGUUGCCAGCAAGGGCGCUGGUGCCGCCAUGAAGGAGAUUGAGAUUCUCAAGGACGAUGAGACUGGUGCACCAAUGGUCCGCCUCCGUGGUGAGGCUGCUGCCGCCGCCAAGAAGGCUGGUGUUCAAGACAUUACGCUUUCCAUCUCUCACUCGGAUAGUCAGGCUAUUGCUGUGGCUGUCGCCAACUUUUAGACACUGCGUUUCGGGGGGCUAGAUGUAUACAAAUGAUAGAUUUAGGGGGGUUUCUCUGGUGUGGCGUUCCGCGAACUGGUUGUGUUGAGGACAGAAGGCGAUGUACUGGUUCACAAGCAUCUGAUCUACGCCGAUGUAAUUACGCAGCAUGAGGAGGAAAGCGAUUUUAUAGAUUCCACGUUCUAAAG